AUGGCGCAACACCCUUCCUCCACAACCACAGUUUACCUCAACCAACCCCCCAGUUGUCUUCAAUUCUGCCCAGGAUCACCAAACCACUUCGUAGUCGGCACAUACCUGCUCUCAGAAACAAAAACCACAGACGAAGAUGGCUUAGAGACAAUCCAGCAAUCAAAGACAGGGUCAUUGCAGCUAUGGCAUCUGGAUCCGGAGAGUGAGGCACUGACCCAAAAAUCAAUCUACCCAAUCAAUGCCGCCGUCUUCGACCUCCACUUCCACCCACGGCAGGACGACAUCCUCGCCAUCGCAACAAGCGACGCAUCCGUGUCACUAUUCAGCGUCUCACCAGAGACAGAGACAGGCUUUACGCUUCUCUGGACGAAGGCCGUCCAUGAGGACCCCAGUAUCCCAGCGCUAUUCUUGGCCUGGCUGCCGGAGAACUGGCUGGUUCCAAACCCGGCCAAUGCGAACUCAGAUGGCUUCGCGGUAACAUACAGUGACGGACGAACAGGAGUGUUCAGCUUGACUGGGGAUGCGACUGGAUUGGGGACAAUCAAAGGAGAAAAUGUUGAUGAACAGAUCACCGAGCUCGGCUCAUUCGAAGCGAAGCAGCCAAUCGAAGUAUGCCGAAACACAGACGUACACGCCCUACUUGUUCACGGGGAACGACUUUGGCUCGCUGCACACGCGGCGCUUUACAGAUAUCCACGCUGA